CAGUUCAAACCUCAGAAGAGCAGGUGGAUGUCCGCGCCAUGUUCGCGGCAAUGGGGUCCCUAGCGGCGGCCGUCUGGACAGACCUCCAUCCCUGCACUCUCCUGCUAGGUGCUGUCCUCUUUCUGGUCCUUGCCCAUUUCUUCAAAACACGGCGUCAAAACAACUAUCCUCCGGGCCCGCCGCGUCUGCCCAUCUUGGGAAACUUCUUCCAACUGAACUUUGAGCAGCCACAGCUGUCGCUUCAGCAGUAUGUAAAGAAAUAUGGGAAUGUUAUGAGACUGGAAUUUGGUUACACAUCUUCAGUUAUUGUAACUGGAUUGCCCUUAAUCAAAGAAGUCCUUGGCCACAAGGAACAAAACUUUGUGAACCGCCCCAUACUGCCUAUUCGAGAACGUAUCUUUAAGAACUGUGGAUUGAUUAUGUCCAAUGGCCAGGCAUGGAAGGAACAAAGAAGGUUCGCCCUGACAACACUGAGGAAUUUUGGUUUAGGAAAGAAGAGCUUAGAGGAACGCAUGCAAGAGGAGGCCUACCACCUCACCCAGGCAAUGGAAGAGGAGAAUGGACAGCCUUUUAACCCACAUUUGAAGAUCAACAAUGCAGUUUCCAAUAUUAUUUGCUCCAUCACUUUUGGGGAGCGCUUUGAGUACCAGGAUUAUCAGUUCCAAGAAAUGCUGAAGAUGCUAGAUGAGCUCACACAUCUGGAGGCGUCAAUGUGGUGCCAUUUUUACAAUAUCUUUCCAAGGAUAAUGAAAUUCCUUCCUGGACCUCACCAAACAGUUUUUAGCAAUUGGGAGAAACUGAAAUUGUUUAUUGCCUGUGCAAUUGAAAACCACAAGAGAGAUUUUGAUCCUGCCCAAACAAGAGACUUUAUUGAUGCAUACCUCAAGGAAAUAGAAAAGCAUAAGGGCAAUACUACUACAAGUUUUCAUGAGGAAAAUCUCAUCAUCUGUACCCUAGACCUCUUCUUUGCUGGAACGGAGACAACUUCGACUACUCUGCGCUGGGGUCUGCUUUACAUGGCCCUCUAUCCAGAAAUCCAAGAAAAAGUACAUGCUGAGAUCGACAGAGUGAUUGGCCAGUCACAGCAGCCAAGCACAGAUGAUCGAGAGUCCAUGCCCUACACCAAUGCCGUCAUCCAUGAGGUGCAGAGAAUGGGAGAUAUCAUCCCCAUGAAUGUACCCAGGGAAGUGACAGCUGAUACCACUCUGGGUGGAUACCACCUACGCAAGGGAACCGCGAUCCUGACCAAUCUGACUGCACUACACAAGGACCCCACAGAGUGGGCUACCCCUGACACAUUCAAUCCAGAGCAUUUUCUGGAGAAUGGACAGUUUAAAAAAAGGGAAGCCUUUCUGCCUUUCUCAGUAGGAAAGAGGGUAUGCCUUGGAGAACAGUUGGCCAGGACUGAGCUGUUUAUUUUUUUCGUUUCCCUUUUGCAAAAAUUUACUUUUAAGCCCCCAAACAAUGAGAAGCUGAGCCUGAAAUUCAGAGUGGGGCUUACCGUCUCCCCAACCAGCUACCGCAUCUGUGCUAUUCCUCGGACAUAAAGGUG